AUGAUAUUCUCCCUCUCCAGGCAGCUCCACACCCCCACCAACCUCCUCCUUCUCUCCCUGGCUGUCUCAGACCUCCUUGUGGGCCUCCUGCUGAUGCCAGUUGAAAUAAUCUAUAUAGAGGCCUGCUGGUAUCUUGGUGACAUUGUGUGCACUCUGUAUUAUGUUGUAGACUACAUUAUUACCUCUGCCUCAGUAGCCAAUAUGGUGCUCAUAUCAGUUGACCGCUAUAUAGCUAUUUGUUACCCAAUGCAUUACCCCACCAAAGUCACAAAGAGAAGGGUACAAAUCAGUGUUUGUUUGUGUUGGAUUUUGUCAGUUUUCUAUCGGAUUCUCCUUUUCCAUGAUCACCUAGAACAGCCAGGCAGGUCCAGCUCCUGUUUUGGAGAAUGUGUGGUUGUCAUCAAUUACAUUGCUGGAGUUGUUGACCUUGUUAUUACUUUUAUCAUACCCAUUAUUAUUAUCAUAGUUCUGUAUUUCAGAGUGUUUGUGGUGGCUGUGUCUCAGGCUCGAGUCAUUCGGCUUCAAAUUGCGGCUUUAACAGCCCAACUUUCAGGGACUGUAACUGCGAAGAAAAGAGAGGUGAAAGCAGCUAGAACCAUUGGUGUUGUUAUAGUAGUGUUUCUGUUUUGUUUCUGUCCGUACUAUUUCCCCACUCUGACAGGCCAAGACACUUCAGUCGAUGCUUCAUCUGCACCCUUUGAGAUCUGGCUGGCACACUUUAACUCCUGUUUGAACCCUGUCAUCUAUGCCUUUUUCUACCCCUGGUUCAGAAAAUCUAUUAAGCUCAUCCUGACACUGCAGAUACUGAAGCCUGGCUCCCGUGAUGCUCAAAUACUAAAGUGACACACAGGGGUGUUUAAACUCUGUCUUUAAACUGGGACGCUCUUUAUGAAAGCGCAAAUGUAAUAGUUUGUGUUAUUCUUAGAGCAAAAACAUCUAGUAUCAAGUGAAAACAUGUUCUUCAAUUGUAUUUUUAUUUCGAUUAAUCUCGUUCUCUAUUAAAUAUUCUGCUAUCCAU